AUCUACGUAUGUGUUGCAUGUACUUGUUGCGCGCUCGCAUGCGCACGUUCGCCUCGUUCGCUGCAUUUUUGCGGGGACCAUCGAAAAAGUCACGAGGUAGCUGUUCGAUAAAGUCGCUGAGACACGCACGCACGUGGUCAAAACAUGGCAAAUUAUCACAAGCCGGAGUCGAAAACCAUUCAGGAGCUACGGGACAUCGCGAACAAGUUGAGAAUUCAUUCGAUCGAGGCAACGCAGGCCAGCAAAUCCGGACAUCCGACAUCAUGUUCAUCCAUGGCCGAAAUUAUGUCCGUCCUCUUCUUCCAUACAAUGCGUUACAAAGUAUCAGCACCACGUGAUGCAAACAGUGAUAGAUUCGUCCUCAGUAAAGGUCAUGCAGCUCCAAUUCUUUACGCAGCAUGGGCGGAAGCAGGCUUGUUCCCGACCAGCGAAUUAUUGAAUUUGAGAAAAUUCGAUAGCGAUUUGGAGGGACAUCCUACUCCGAGGCUUAAUUUUGUAGAUGUAGGAACCGGUUCACUAGGGCAAGGCCUCUCAGUUGCUGCAGGCAUGGCUUACGUCGGAAAGAACUACGAUAAAGCCAGUUACCGUGUUUACUGUUUGAUUGGUGACGGAGAAGCGGCUGAAGGUUCCAUUUGGGAAGCCCUUCAUUUUUCAUCCUAUUACAAAUUAGAUAAUCUUUGUGCCAUUUUUGAUAUAAAUCGUCUUGGACAAAGCGAACCGACCUCACUACAACAUAACAUGGAAGUUUACCGCAAAAGAUUAGAGGCCUUUGGUUUCAAUGCCUUAGUUGUGGAUGGCCAUGACGUGGAAGAAUUGGCAAAGGCUUUCCAUGAAGCACAAAAUACAAAAGAACGUCCCACUGCCAUUUUAGCAAAGACUUUUAAGGGCAAAAACUUCCCUCAAAUCGAAGAUACAGAAAACUGGCACGGCAAACCUCUGGGCAAUAGAGCGGCUGAUGUUCUUCAGCAUUUAAAUGGACUUUUAAAGAAUCCUGGUAAUCUUCAACUGCAUCCACAAAAGCCACUUGUAGAUGAUGCUCCCGUUGUAGAUAUCAGCAACAUUGCAUUGGCUUUUCCUCCAAAUUACAAACUAGGCGAACAAGUAGCUACUAGGGUGGCCUAUGGCACAGCUCUUGCAAAGGUGGCAAAGAAUAAUGCUCGUGUCAUAGCUUUGGAUGGUGAUACUAAGAAUUCCACUUAUGCUGAGAAGAUAAAAGUGGUUGACCCAGAUAGAUUUAUCGAAGGAUUUAUUGCCGAACAGAAUGUUGUGGGUGUCGCUAUUGGUGCUGCUUGCAGAGACCGUACCGUACCGUUUGUAUCAGCUUUCGCAACAUUCUUUACACGUGCCUUCGAUCAGAUCCGCAUGGGUGCGAUAUCUCAGACAAAUGUAAACUUCGUCGGUUCACAUUGCGGUGUAUCUAUCGGCGAAGAUGGGCCCUCGCAGAUGGGCUUAGAGGACAUUGCGAUGUUCCGAGCGGUCCCGGGCUCUACCAUCUUUUACCCAAGUGAUGCCGUGUCAACGGAGCGUGCUGUUGAACUGGCGGCUAAUACUAAGGGCAUCUGUUUCAUUCGCACUUCUCGCCCGGCAACGGCUGUUUUGUACAAGAACGAUGAAACCUUCGCUGUCGGUAAAGCCAAAGUGAUUAAAUCUUCCGCUAAGGAUCAAGUGCUCGUGAUUGGCGCCGGUGUAACAUUGCACGAGGCAAUCAAGGCGGCUGAUGAGUUAGCCAAGGCUGGAAUCAAUAUUCGUGUGAUUGAUCCGUUUACGAUCAAACCCAUCGACGCACAAACUAUCAUAAAGAACGCCAAAGAGGUCGGCGGUAGGAUUGUCACCGUUGAGGACCAUUACUCGGAAGGAGGUCUAGGAGAAACAGUCCAAUCUGCAGUGGCUUUGGAAAGAAAUGUAAUUGUGAAGAAGUUGGCGGUGCCAGAGGUACCGCGUUCUGGUCCACCAACAGUGUUGCUCGAAAAUUACGGUAUCAGUGCCCGUAACAUUGUCGCGGCGGUGCAGGAAAUUGUAAAAUAUUAGUCUCUGCGAAUGAGCAUUGGUUAAUCGAAAGCUGUCUAUGUACAAACAAUAUCCUAUUUUUUCAAAACAAGUAAUGGAGUACAUAUAAUAAAACAUUCCAUUUUUAAGAUGUUUAUACAACAAAGGGUAAUGAUUGAACCAGACAUAAUUUUGGUAGAGUUAAAUUUCUGAUGCUGCAGAUGCGCGAGAGUAAUUCGCAGCAUUGAAAAUUCAAGCUUUUUGUUCUGAAAUGCCUAAUGUACAUAAAAAAAAUUGAGUGUAUACA